UGCACAGAGAGAGGUUAACCACAUGCACUGAAGAUGCAGCCCUGACAGUUUGACUUCAGCUUCAGAGGAAAAUGAAAGUGCAUUCAAUGCCAGCAUGAGGAAGCUGCUUGGAUUUUAAAAUACAAAAUUCUGAGUAGAAUGUGCAUCUGAGGAGCAUUGAAUCUUCCUACUUUUCUAUUUUGACCUCUUGUGCAACGUUUAGUGCUGUGAAGAAAGGAAGAGCUCAUCAGAAGAUUGCAACAUGUGGAGAAAUGUGUUAUUAAUGUAGAGGAGAGCGAGAGAUGUAACACAUACACAUGUCUGUGUCCAGGGCAGUUCACAGUCCAGUUAAUGGGACCACAGCCAUCCCAUGGAGGCACAGCAGGAGGAGGCUGUCGCUGCUGGAGCAGCUGAGAGGCUGUCAGAGGGCCUGGUGCCCUGCGGCACCAUGGGAUAGAGAGGAGGCCCACGCUGCCCUCUGUGGAACUCCUGCAGGGAGUUUCCUUGUUGUGCGUGAUUGUAGAACAUCUCUGUCCAGCCUGCUGUUGUGUGUGUCUGCUGGAGGAGACAAUGAAACCGUCCUAGAUUAUCACAUCACAACCAAAGACACAGUUUUCCAGCUGUCUGAGUCUCAUCUGUCCUUCUCUGACUUGUCUCAGCUGGUGCUCUUCUACUCUCUGACAAGGGAUGUGUUGGCCAUGUGUCUGUCACUUCCUCAGUGGAUCCACAGUAUAACCGACAAGCACAGAGAUCGUCUCUGUCCACUCGAACCCAGAAUGUGGCUCACCUCAACGUCGGAUCAAGAGGCAGUUGAAUUGCCCCACAGGGUGCCAAGCACUGUCAUGUGCUCCAUACAGUUAACGUCCACCAAUGGGGCCCUGUGUAUCAUCAAUCCCCUGUACGUACAUGAGCAUGGAGAUGAUUGGCUGACCCACAGACAGAUAAGGAGACAGUGCACAACACAGUCAUCAAGUUACAGACAAGAGCGCCGCCUCAGCACCACGCGUCCAUGGUCGGGGGCGGGGUUGCGGUCUGUGUCACUGGACCAAGAAUCCUGUUCUGCCAGGGAGGAGGGUUCUGGUCUAACCAGAGCACAGUCAGCUGAUUCACCACAUCAACACCCUUCAACACCCACGACGCCAGCUUCUCCAGCAGGAGUCAUCCUCAGGAGAGUGAGCCGCUCUUCUGCCUGUAGCCCCCAACACAGAGUCAGUACAGGAACCCUGUCUUCAUCUGGUCCCUCCUCACCUGAUAGUUUAAAUCCUGGGGCUCCUGACCUGCAGCACCAUGGCAGCCCCUGGCCUCAGCCUCCUCACAGGGUGUCCUGGAUUGAAGAUGGUGUCUGGCUUCCUCCACCCAGGCCCUACCCUACGCUCCUGCUGCCGUCUCUAGAGCUUGACUCACUGUCAGUCAGCAGCACAGAGGAAGAGCUGGAGUCCCCGAUGCCAAGCCCCACAAUCCACCUCCCAUCAGCACACCGUCUAGCUGACAAGGUCAUGCAUCGGCUCUCCGCAGUCGGACAGGCACUGGGCGGGUUGGUCAGUCAGAAGAAAAGACUCAGCAACCGCGUGAAAGAGCUGAGCGAGCGGAAAGGCGGCACUUUCGCAGAGGCUGUGAAAGCAUUCGUGGAGACGACUCAGAAAAGAGGAGCUGAUCCCACAGGGGUCACAGGGUCAGAGUUCUUACAGGAAGUGAGGUCAUCACUCACAUCACUGAGGGAGACAUUGUUGGACUAUUCAGAAAUCCAAGCAUUACUGGACAGCAUGACCGAUCUAAGUGACCAGGAGAUAGAUUCAUUGGUGGAGCUCUGCAUCCACAAAGUGGCUCUGAAGCCCGUCUCCACCGACCUGUACUCCUGCAUUCAUGCGUUCCGCACGGAUGAUGGCAGCUUCGAGUGUCUCCAGAGGAAACUGCCUGUGCUGGAGAAGAACGGCGUGGAGGAGCUGGGAGGGUCGGAGGGAGUUGGAGUUCCUGACUCUGUCAGCCUGGAGCGGAUUCAGCAGAGGUGGACUACAAUGCAUGAGGCCUACUCCCCAAACAAGAAGGUUCAGAUUCUGCUGAAGGUCUGCAAGAGCAUCUAUCACGGCAUGAGUGUUAAUGCAAGCUCAGGUACAGUAUUUGGAGCUGAUGAUUUCCUGCCCUGCCUGACAUGGGUGCUGCUGCGUAGUGAUGUGGUCACAUUGCAGGUGGACACAGAUUACAUGAUGGAACUGCUGGACCCCACACAGCUACAGGGAGAAGGUGGCUACUACCUUACAACCCUAUACGCCUCGCUCUACUACAUCAGCAGCUUUCGCCCACGACUGGCAGCUCGUCAGCUCAGUGUCGAGGCCCAAGACUCCCUGAAUCAAUGGCACCGCAGACGCACCCUGCACUGUAACCAGUCCCGUCGCAGCAAGCUUCGACGGACUAUUCGAAGGCAGGCGUGUCGGGAGAUGGAAUCACAGGACUCCUGCACAGGGACUGCGAGUGAAGAGGACAGUGGAAAAGAACAUUAUUGUGUUGAUGCAGAUGAGUCAGCGCAGCAGAGAGAAAGGAGUGCAGAGACUCUACCGCAACUGAAAGAGGAACCAAGCAGGGAACAUGAAGAUGAGGACCAAUCACUGACGUCUUCUCCUGCAUCAGACUGUCACCAGCAAGAGUCAACAGGAAGCCAACAGGAAGACAGGCAGUCUGUGUGAAGACAGUAGGGUGGAUCAUCAUGGAGAGAGGAAGUGUUACACAGGGUUAUUUUUUUCCAGUUGCAUUUGCAUGUGGAUUACUUUUCAAUAAAAUUCUCUUAAAGCUUUUA